AUGGGAUUUAGCUCUCGUUUUGGAGGCAUUUUGUGUGCUGCCCCCUUUGAGCCUCUGGAGUUGGUGGAUCUGAAGAUCCUCUCCUACAAGAGCUCUCUGCUCAUGGCUUUGGCCUCGGCUAAAUGUGUUGGGGGCCUCCACGCCUUAUCCGUACAGCGUUCCUGUACUCAGUUCACCCCUGGCGACUCUAAGGUCAAAGGCAAACCUCACAACAAACAUCACGCUUUAUCCAAGUCCUCACACAUGGCUAAAGAGAAGGACAUAGUUCCAGAUGAGGUCAAUGAGGGGGAGGUCCUGCCGACCUUCAUGACCUUUGAGUCUAGCGGUCAGGAGCAGGAGGACGAGGACAUGAGCUACGAGGACAAUGCUAAUGCUAAUGUGGGUCCCUCCAAUGAGGGAGGGGGAUUUGAGGUGUCCGACAGUGGUGAGAGGAGCACCCCCGUCCUGCUGAGCGAUAAGGCACUGGUGGACCUCCUCCAGGGGGAGUCAGAGGAAGAAGAGGUGGAAGAGGAGGAGGAGGAGGAAGAAGAGGAGGAGGGAAAGAUCAAGUCUGAGGAGACACAGUCUGAAGAGGAGGAGGAGGAGGAGGAGGAGGAGGAGGAGGAGGGAGAAGAAGAGCUGGGAGACUUGGAAAAGGAGGAGGAAGAUGAGGAGGUGGUAGAGGUGGAGAAGGAGGUGGAUGUGGAGGCAGAGAAAAUGGUGAAGGCGAUGGCAGAUGAGGAGGAGUCAGUUGAGGAUGAGGAGAAGAGAGAGAAAGAGGACGAGGAGGAUCAUGUGGUCACGGACAGAGGAGUAGAGGAAGAGGCUCAAGUCGAAGAGACGGACAGCAACACCGAGCCUGAGAUUCCAGAGGAUCUGGACUAUGCCAGCAACAGCGACAGCGACAACACAGAGCCUCUUGAAACCGAGCUUGAGGAAGGGAAACCCCUCGCCGAAGACGCCCAGCUCCUUUCAAAUACGAAAGAGGAGGCCAAGGUGGAGGAGAAAGAAGAACAAGUGCUCGGCCAGUACAAGGACGAUUCCCAAGAAAAGGGGACCAAUAAAAAAGACGCAGACACAGACACUGAACUCCAAGAGACAAAGAACAGUGUGGAUCUUGAUGGGACACAUCUUUCUGUAGAAGGGGGGGAAGAGAAGGAGGAGAAGAACAUCGACGAGAGUGCCAGUCACACCAGAGGCAAAGCCAGGAAGCAGAGGAAGAACCAGAGGGUGAGGAAGCACCCCCCACAGAGGGAUGAGGCCCCGCCAGGAGAGGAAGUCCCAGACCACCAGGGGGAUGAGGGCGUGAAGGAGCACCACCGCACCACCGACAGUGCUGUCUACAAGCCCAAGAGGAGAAGAGCAGGGAAAUGGGCUCCUGUGGUGGGAAUGAACCCGGUCCAGAUCAGGGCGACAGUGGACCUCUACCCCAGCGCCAGGCCCUCUCUGGCGGCCAGCCUAUACAGACCCCAAGCCUCCACUGCCGACCCUUGUGAGAACUUCCCUUGUAAACGUGGAAAGACCUGUAAACUCAACAAGGAGAAGAACCCUAUGUGUGUGUGUCAGGAGCCUUCUGCCUGCCCACAGAGUGUCACUGACUAUGAUCAUGUUUGUGGAACUGACAAUGUCACCUACGACACAUCCUGUGAGCUCUUUGCCACUAAGUGCAACCUGGAAGGCACCAAGAGAAGCCAUAGACUUCACCUGGACUACACUGGACCCUGCAAAUUCAUAGUGCCGUGUAUGGAUGCCGAACUGGUCCAGUUUCCUCUGCGUAUGCGCGACUGGUUGAAGAACGUCUUGCUGCAUCUCUAUGAGCACGACUCCAUGUCCCCUGGCUUCCUCAUCCCCAAGCAACGCAUCAGAGUGAGAAAGAUCCACGAGAGUGAGAGGCGCCUCCAUGCCGGCGACCACCCCAUUGAGUUGCUGGCCCAGGACUUUGAGAAGAACUACAACAUGUACAUCUAUCCCGUGCACUGGCAGUUUGCUCAGAUGGACCAGCACCCUUCUGACAGGUUCCUGUCCCACUCUGAGCUGGCCCCCCUGAGGGUCCCGUUAGUCCCCAUGGAGCAUUGUACCUCCCGUUUCUUCCAGGAGUGUGACGCAGACAAAGACAAACAGGUGUCCUUCAGGGAGUGGAUCCACUGCUUCGGCAUCAAAGAUGAGGACAUGGAUGUCAACCUGCUCUUCUGAGUCCACUCAGUACCUCAUCAAGCAACCAGCUUAAAUAAGCAUUUAGCAAGAUAACCUUCAAUCAUGGCAGAACCACAUACCUUAAUUGGAGAGUCACUUGUUGUGUUGAUUUCAACUGUAUGUUUUUAGGAUGUUCUGUAAAGUUAGCCUGGUGGAACCAGCCUGAUCGCUGUGUUCACCAUUCUAUUUAACUUCACAUAUCAGUCUGGCAUUGCUCCUUAAUGAAACUGUUUGAGUCUACGUCUGUAAUGAGAGACAUUAUUCAAAAUUAACUUGUCAGUGAUGAGAUCACCUUUAACCAAUCAGAGGACGACCUAAUUCAAAGCACAGGAUUUUGGGGGUGGGUUUUCUGAGAGGACGCUAAUUUGACCAGUCAUUUCUUGAUUUGUCCAAAACUCCCAUCUAUUGGAGAAAGCCCAGAUUUAUAUGUGCAGUAAAACAAAAUGGCGAACACAGUAAUCAGGUCGGUUCCACCAUGCUACUGCAAAGUACGAUUGACUAAAAAGUAAACGUGAGGAUGGACCACUGUCCUUCCAUGUCUUAUGUCAUAGACGGAAGAGGAGGAUAGUUCAUGUUGUCUUAUUACAGUGUAGCUAUUACAGUGAAAUAAUGCCAUGCUAUUGUUUGAGGAGAGUGCAGAGUUAUGAACUUGAAAAUGUAUCAAUAAACCAAUUAGGCACAUUUGGGCAGACUUGAUACAACAUUUUGAAUUGAAAUAAAACGGUUCAUUGGAUCAGUCUAAAACGUUGCACAUACACUGCUGCCAUCUAGUGGCCAACAUCUAAAUUGCGCCUAAACUGGAAUAAUACAUUGUGGCCUUUCUCUUGCAUUUCAAAGAAGAUGAAAAAACAUAUUGCCUUUUUCUUUGUAUUAUUUACCAGAUCUCAUGUGUUACAUUCUCCUACAUUAAUUUCACAUUUCCACAAACUUCAAAAUGUUUCCUUUCAAAUGGAAUCAAGAAUAUGCAUAUCCUUGCUUCAGGUCCUGAGCUACAGGCAGUUAGAUUUGGGUAUGUAAUUUUAGGUGAAAAAAAAUCAAAUCAGACCAAGGUAGAGCAAAUUUGGUUCUAUAAAUAUGUGGAUGUUCUGUGAUACUGUAUGUAGAUACUGUAUAGCUGAUAGUGGUAUUAGUAGAGUAGGUGAUGAGAUUGUAUUUUUUAAACAAUUAACAAUGAUAUCAGUGUUAUGAACACAUUCCAAGAGGGGGAAAGUUUACGAGUGCUUUUUGUAGAUGACAGAAAACAAAACAAAAAUGGACUUCUAUGCAGGUGAAACCGAUCACUUUGCUUUUUGGCCAAAAUAUUACUGUAAUGCCCAGGGUGUAGUGGAGGAAAGAGUCACACGCAGGAGACAGAGAGUUCAGAGUAGCAUUCUAAUUUAAUACCACAAACAGGUGAACACGACGCCACUCUAAAAUGAAUGCUCCACCACAUAAACGAGAACACGAAAUACCAUGAGACAACGUACACGAACCGUGACACACAAGCAUGUACAACCUGUACACAAAACAAUCCCGCACACCCAGCAGGCCGGGCUGCUGGGUAAUAAAGCCCCACAAAUCACCCUAACCACAAACAGGUGUCAAUAAUUCACAAAAAGGGAGGGGGAGGAAAAGUCAGUAGCAGCUAGUAGGCCGGUGACGACGACCGCCGAGCACCACCCGAACAGGGAGGGGAGCCACCUUCGGUGGGAGUCGUUACAAAUACAGUAUUUAUUUUAAACAUAUAAAAGCUAUAGUUGUAUGUGGGGGCAUUUUUUUGUAUUGAAACCAUGUAUCAUUGACUCUCGAAAUAAAUUGAGCUUGAAUAGAGUAUUUAUUUCUAUUAUAUCAAAAGGAGAAAUUUGAAUGGCAGUAAAUGUAGUAGAACAUGUGAUGUUGACCGAAUUACUAAGAGUUGAAUGCUGUAACUGGUUUUUUAUGUCUUGCCUGAUAUAGCUACUUCACUAACCAUUCUAAUAAAAGUAAU